CGCUUGGGAUUCCGCCGUUUUGCAAAAGCAAUCUCGCGGCUGCAGAGCCUCAGAGCUACGCCGAGGAUCAGCCAGACUGCCAGACCAGCCGCCCGAAUAUUCCCAAAGCCGUAUCACGCGAGCGCUAGCAGGCGGUAGACCAUCCUCUCGGGGCAAGUUAGGCAAGUUAGCCUGCAGUCAUGCGGCGCAAAAAUGACACCUCGGUCCUUUCUCCUCACCGAAAAACCCCUCCUGAAGUCCAACCUGGCCCGGCAUUGUGCCCAAACAAGCCGCAAGGGCACGAGCUUGCCCUCCCGUUGGUGCAUCUUCUCUCGUGCCCGGCGGAUCGGCCUGAUGCUGUUCCCCGUGGGAGACAGCCCCGCCCAUGUCGACAUCGGAUAGUACACUAGUACCACCACUUAUCGCCGGUUUAUCACCACAGGAGCCCCAUGGGUCCCAGGGCCGAGGCCUCGGUGCUGGCACGCCAGUCGCCAAUCAACGCCGCAGCAGAGGAGGGCCACCUUGCCCACCUUGCCCACAGGGCGCACCUCAUCGUGCCCGGUGGAGCUGACAGGCGGUGACCGUUGGACAAGCUGAACAAGCUCACUGUCGUCCUGCAGGACACUGCAGGACACCUUGCGCCAAGGGAGAGGCGAGUCAGGGGUCUUAGACACAUCCUGUGGUAGGCGAUCGACCGCCAAAGAAAGUUUUCUCAGCGUUGCCGGCACCUCGAUACUGCCUGCGGUUACCUGGCCUUCUCCUGCUCACGACGCCGGCGGGCCAACCUUGGAACACCAUAGAUCUCGGCAGUCCUGUCACGCUUUUCCUCUCCCCCAAUAGAUUCCUUGCCACUCGUUGGUUUAGAUUUUAAUUAGACCCAAGAGGCGGAAAAAGACUCGGCAGACCCAUAUAUGGGGUGAUCGACGUCACAAUCUCACCGACACCCCGGGGCCAGGCUCUUGUCUCUAAUUUUGCGGAGGUGGCAGUGCUGGGAAGAGGGUCGAGCCGUGUGCCUGGCGUUGCCGAAUUGCCGUGCGUUCGUGGCGGCCAACGAGGGCAGAAUGAUGUUUGGGGAGAAGGAUCCUCACCGCUCUGACCUCUUCAUCUACGACACAGACAGGCUGCAGAGCGACAUCCUGCUGCACGAUGGCACCUCCCACCUGAGAUAUCAGGAGUAUGCGGUUUUCGCAAAGGACAGCGACUACGCCAGCACGGUCCAGUCGUCCGAGACGGACAAUGACCGGCCUUUCCUCAAGCAUGUCGGCCAGUGCAUCAUCGGCGAGGAUGGCAAGGGCGACGAUCUAUUCCACCAGGCCAUGAGGGAGGACCAGUCGGUUGACAUGCAGGGGAACUGGGGGCCCAGGUGGAAAGGCUCGCCACAUCUGCUGCAGGGGAGAGUGAGGCAGGUCAUCUGCCACCGCCGCAAGAACCACAGGUCCAGCGAGGACAUGAACCUGGACGGGCUGCACCUCACCAGGGCAGACUUCAGCCUCAUGGACCUGCACCCGGCCACGCUGCAGUACGUGAGGCGCACGACCGUCGAGUCCAUGUUCUGGGACCGCCACCACGAGAAGCUGAGCAUCAUCAUGUCCUUCCCGUCGGACCCAACGGCGCCGUACGACUUCCUGUCCAUGACGCACAGCAUCCCCGACCGGACGACGACCGUCCUGGUGCGGCAGUCCUUCGACCCGAACCAGCACACCGUCGAGGACCUGGACCAGUACGACCAGCGGAUGCAGAGCUGCAAGUCACACUGGGCCCACCCCCUCGUGAUCCCGGUGAUGCUCCUGCAGGUGCAGUUCGCGUGGACCGAGCAGGCCGUGGCAGACAACCACAGCGAGGUCGUCGCCGUGGAGAGGGACGUGAGCAACAUGGCGGGCUUCGACGCCUUCGACGAGACGGCGCGGCGGCGGCGGACGAGCUCCUCUGCAGGCGGGCCACCAAACCGGCAGGGCAUGGCCCCGGGCCACAGCCACAAAGGCGGCGGCGGCGGCGGCGGCACAGGGAGCCAGACGGGGUCGGGCCAGCAGCAGCAGGUGUACAAGAAGUCGACCGAGCUGAUGAAGAACGCGCACGACGUCCUCAAGCGCAGCAUCCGGCUGCUCGACACGCUGCAAUGGAUGGACCGCGCCAUCAAGAUCCUCAUCGAGGCCGGGGAUGCCCUCGACGACGUCCGGCAGGACUCGGAUGGGCCCCCGGCUUCCAGCACCGCGUCGUCGUUCCCCAUGCCGCUGUCUGCGCGCGGAAGGGUCGGCACUGGGCUGCUCAAGGCGAGGAUCCAGGAGGACCCGCUUACCGGCCACUGGCACGAGAUCAAGCAGUACCUGGAUGGUCUGCUGCAGCUUUGCCUGUCGCUCAAGACGGACCGGACGAUUUUGGAAAUGAGAUGCAAGGCGUUGGUGGAUAUAAUUUACAGUAAAAUGGCCCAAGAAGAUAAUAAUCUCAACGCACGGAUGGCCGUGUCCUCCUCGCGGGACUCAUCCUCAAUGAAGGCACUGGCGGUCAUCACUGCAAUAUUCCUGCCAGGCGAGUUCAUGUCGUCCCUCUUCGGCAUGUCGAUAUUCGACUGGCAGCCCGGGGGCGACCAGGACGGGGGAGACGGCGGCGACUCGGUAGUAAGCUGGCGCUUCUGGAUAUAUUGGUCCAUCACCGUGCCCCUGACCAUCGGCAUCCUGGUGUGCUGGCGUGCGUGGUGGGUGGGCCAGGAUCGGUACUUCAGGAAGCAUCUGUCCAAGGACCUCAGUGAGGAGAGGUACUGGACCGAUGAUAGGAAGCCGCGAGAGCUGGAGACUAGCUUUCUUCACGAUUUUAUAUACAUGUCGGUGCGGCGGGGAGAGACGGUGGCCGAGGCCAGGGGCGGCACUGCCAUGUUCCCGAGCUCGAGGAAAGGCUCGAGCUCGAGCGACGAGGACGGCAUCAAGUGGUUCAGCAAAGGCUCGAGGAGCAAGACGCUUUCGAGCACUGGGCUCACCAGCCCGCCGCCUGUUUUUCGGCUGAGGCAGAUAGUGUUCGACGAGGGCGAGAAGGGGCGGAGAAGGAGCACGGGGUUGGUAUAGUAAUGGCUCAACUUAAUGAAAAA